AUGACGUUAGAACAUCCCGAAGAGGGUACGGCAUACUUUAACGAAGACUUGCUGCCUACUCCUCCAGUCCUCUAUGAGGAGUUUCUGACAGUCAACGCGCAGCAAUGGUGGCACGGAAUGAUUGCAGCUGUAAUCGGCUCAGCUAUCCUUAGUGUCGUGGUUAUCCUCAACUCCCGCGGUGCAACUCGCUAUCAUGUCGGGUUUCCCGUAUACGUUCGUGCUGCUGGUGGCGUUAGUGGUGCAAAGCUAUUCAUCGUCGUGCGCGCCUCUGUCGCUGUGAUCUACUUCGCAACUCAGUCAUUCUAUGGUGGCAUGCUCACUUCAGUGGCCCUCAGAGCCAUAUUCGGCUCCAGAUGGGACAAUAUUCCCAAUCGCCUACCAACGAGCGCGGGAAUCACUUCCAAGAACCUAUUGGCAUUCUUUAUUUUCUGGAUUGUUCAGUUCCCUGUCAUGUUCGUCCAUCCGACUAUUCUUCGCCACCUAUUUGUGGUGAAGUCAGUGGCAACAACAGCAGGUCUAGUCGGCGUCCUGGGAUGGGCAGUACAUGCAAAUGGUGGGAGCCUGGGUGGCUUCAACUUUGGAGCAAAGUCUCUAAGCGGCGCAGCGCUUGUGUGGCCCAUGAUCCAAGCGAUCAACAGCGUCAUGGCGGCGCUCUGCCCGAUCCUUGUUAACCAACCUGAUGUCGCUCGGUACGCUACACGUCCAGCACAGGCAACCUGGUCACAAGCCAUUGGUAUUCUGGUCAGUAAGGUGCUCGUCAUGUUCCUUAGCUGUGCAACAACUAGCGCGGCUGCUGGUGUUCUUGGCAAGAGCUACUGGAACGUCUGGGAUCUCUACAACGCCAUUCUGACUGAAUAUUGGGUUCCUGGAGCGCGUGCUGGAAUGUUCUUCGCUUCCGCGAUCAUGAUUGUAGACUACUGGAUUAUCCGUCGAGGAAACCUCCAUGUCCCAAGUUUGUACACAAAAGUAGAGGGCGCUCCGUACACGUACUACAAAGGCUGGAAUCUGCGCGCGGUUGCCGCAUGGGUCGCUGGCGUUGCGUUUACUGUACACGGCAUUGCUGGGAACUUGGACCCCGACUCCGUCAAUCAGGCAAGCAAGAACAUGUAUAAGCUUGGAUUCCUGCUUUCUCUUGCCAUGGGCUCGUUUGUUUACUACAUAGCCUGUGUUAUCUGGCCCAUUUCGGUUUACUCACGAGAGCUGGAGGCGCAGGCAAACACAGGGUUUGAGUGUAUGGCACCGUCGGAGGGCUUCUUCCCCGGUGAGAGUGUUGAUACCAUUCGGGGAGUCUUUUACUCAGUUGAGGGGACCGAAGUUCAACAGACCAUCGGAAAGAGCCCCGGUGCAGAGUCUGUGAGCGAGAAGUAUACGGUCUAA